GUCUGGCUUGACUUCGUUCUGCUCUACAGGUUGGACACGUUGUGGUCGGAUCAGAUUUAGUUUUACCUGCCUGACUGGGAGCAGACGGAUCUCACCUGGCGGACAACAAGUGCGCCUCGACCGGCCAAGAAACCGCUCCUGGUCGGCUUUCAUCCUGUGAGGCGUUAAUGACAACGUCCAGAGUCUGAGGCUCACUUUGGAUCAAUAAUUAACCUGACAACUCACGCCACAGUUUACAGAGGAGCUGAGCCAAGCGGCGGAGUGCGGCUCCACAGAAACACACACACAUACACAGAAGAAAAACAACAAAAACAGGCCCGCAGGUGUGUUUCUGUGUGUCUUUCAUGUCAUUUGAAGAGGACCCACUCGGCUGUGAUCAUGCUGGGAGCGGAGAGCAGAGUGGAGAUCCGGCUGAAGAAGCUGGAGACCCUGAUGAGGAAUCCACAGUCAGCGCUCAACCUGGAAACUCUGCUGGAUUCCGUAAAUGCACUGGCUCAUGACUUGAACUAUCCUGCCCUGCGGAAAAACAAGAACAUAGACGCAUUUCUGAGCAGAUAUGAGAAGGCGGUGAGUCAGCUGCGAGAGCUGCAGGUGAAGCCGGAAGAUUUUGACAAAGUGAAGCUGAUCGGGAGAGGAGCCUAUGGAGAAGUGAGGCUGGUCCGUCACAAGGCCUCCAAGAAGGUCUACGCCAUGAAGCAACUCAGCAAGUUCGAGAUGAUCAAGCGGUCGGACUCGGCCUUCUUCUGGGAGGAGAGGCACAUCAUGGCCUUUUCCAACAGCCCCUGGGUCGUCCAGCUCUGCUGUGCUUUCCAAGACGACCGCCACCUCUACAUGGUGAUGGAGUUCAUGCCUGGAGGAGACCUGGUCACGCUCACCAUGAACUACGACAUCCCAGAGAAGUGGGCUCGUUUCUACACGGCCGAGGUGGUUCUGGCUCUGAACGCCAUCCACUCCAUGGGCUUCAUCCACCGAGACGUAAAACCCGACAACAUGCUGCUGGACCAACACGGACACCUCAAACUGGCCGACUUCGGAACCUGCAUGAAGAUGGACUCGACGGGUAUGGUGCACUGUGACACAGCUGUCGGCACACCAGACUACAUCUCUCCUGAGGUGCUUCAGUCUCAGGGUGGAGACGGUUACUACGGCCGCGAGUGUGACUGGUGGUCUGUAGGAGUGUUUAUCUAUGAGCUGCUAGUUGGUGAAACUCCUUUCUAUGCCGAGUCACUGGUCGGAACUUAUGGGAAGAUCAUGAACCACCAGAACUCCCUCAUCUUCCCAGACGAUGUGGAAAUGUCUCAGGAUGCCAAAGAUCUCAUCUGUGCCUUUCUUACUGACAGGAAGGUUCGUUUGGGCCGCACCGGAGUGGAUGAGAUCAAGUGUCACCCCUUCUUCAAGAACGACCAGUGGACCUUUGACAACAUCCGCGAGACUGUGGCCCCAGUUGUGCCAGAGCUGCACAGUGACAUAGACACCAGUAACUUUGAUGACAUAGAGGAAGAUAAAGGAGAUGCUGAGACCAUCCCUGCACCCAAAGCCUUCGUGGGCAACCAGCUACCAUUUAUUGGCUUUACUUACUUCAAGGAGGAUCAACUGCUGAAGAGAAAUAAUAGCUGCUCUGCGGAGGAGUCUGAGGACUGCAAGGAAAACUCGGAGGAUAAGGAGAAUUGUUCGGACAAUAAGAAAGAGCUGCAGAAAAAGCUUCAUCAGCUGGAGGAGCAGCUCGACCAUGAGAUGCAGGCCAAAGAUGAGCUGGAGCACAAGUGCAAAAACGCUACCAACCGUUUAGACAAGCUGGUCAAAGAAUUGGAUAAGGAGAUGAACAGCAGGCAGAGAGUGGAGGCCUCUCUGAGGCAGCUGGAGAGAGACCGAGCUCUGCUGCAGCACCAGAGCGCUGAGAGUCUGCGCAAGGUGGAGAUCGAAACCGACAGGAAGCGCAGCCUGGAGAAUGAAUUGAACAAUCUGAGGGACCAGCUGGAGGAUCUGAGGAAGAGGAACCAGAAUUCACAGAUCUCCAAUGAGAAGAACAUCCAGCUGCAAAAACAACUCGAGGAGGCCAAUACUAUGCUUCAGGCUGAGCAGGAGGGAGUAGCGCGGCUGAAGAAGAGUCAAACAGAGGUCCAAAAACAAGCCCAGAGCCUGGAGGUCAGCCUCAGGGAGAUGCAGGAAAAGUGCAGCCAACUGGAAAACGGCAAGAUGGAGCUGGAGAAGCAGCUGAGGGGGCUGCAGGCCGAGCUGGAGGCGGAGAAAAGAGAGCGCAACCUUGGGACAGAAACUAUUACCGACCUGCAGGGACGUAUCUCUGGCCUGGAAGAAGAGGUAAAAGAGGUGAAAUCAUCUCUCUCCAAGGUCCAGACUGAAAAGAAGGAGCUGCAGGAGAAGCUCAGUGACCUCGAGAAGGAGAAAAGCAACCAGGAGAUUGACCUGACGUUCAAGCUGAAGUCGCUGCAGCAGAGUCUGGAGCAGGAGGAGGCCGAACACAAAGCCACCAAAGCCAAGCUCGCCGACAAGAACAAAAUCUACGAGUCCAUCGAGGAAGCAAAGUCUGAGGCCUUAAAAGAGGUGGAGUCGACCCUGCAGGAGGAGCGUAGCCUGAAGCUGCAGGUGGAGGGGAAGCUGCUGCAGCUGGAGAAGGAUCACUCCAUGCUGGACUGUGACUACAAGCAGACGCUGCACAAGCUGGACCAGCUGCAGGCGCAGAAGGAGAAGCUUUCUGAAGAGGUGAAGCACCUGACCUUACGCCUGGACGACGAGAUCCACAAGCGGAGUUUAAGUCAGAGCGAUCUGAAGAUGCAGAACCAGCAGGUGUCCGUGCUGCGAUCCUCAGAGAAACAGCUCAAACAGGAGCUCAACCACCUGCUGGACCUGAAGCAGAUCCUGGAGAAACAGAACCAGGAGCUACGCAGGGAAAAGCAGGAGGCUGACAGCCAGCUGAAGGAGCUGAAGGACCAACUGGAAGCGGAGCAGUAUUUCACAACCCUUUAUAAGACGCAGGUCCGAGAGCUCAAGGAUGAGCGCGAUGAGAGGAACAAACUGUACAAAGAGGUGCAGCAGCGACUGGUAGAAUACCAGGAGGAAAGUGAUUCGCUGACGUCGCAGCUGGAAGCCAGUUUGACCAAAGCGGACGCCGAGCAGCUGGCUCGCUCCAUCGCUGAGGAGCAAUACUCCGACCUGGAGAAGGAGAAGAUCAUGAAGGAGCUGGAGAUCAAAGACAUGAUGGCGAGACACAAGCAGGAGCUCAGCGACAAGGAGGCCACCAUCAGCUCGCUGGAAGAGUCCAAUCGCACCCUGACGGUGGACGUCGCCAACCUGGCCAGUGAGAAAGAAGAGCUCAACAACCAGCUGAAAGAACUGCAGCAACAGCUCCAGAAAGCCAAGGAGGAGGAGAAGCAGAUGAACUCUGUGAAACUGUCCUUUGAGAAGCAGCUGCAGAAUGAAAGGACACUAAAAAUUCAGGCUGUGAACAAGCUGGCUGAGGUGAUGAACAAGAGGGAGAAGGGAGGCCACCGGAGCAUCGACACCGAGGUGCACAGAAAGAAGCAGGAGAACCGGAAGCUGCAGCUGGAGCUGAGAGCAGAGAAGGAGAAACUCAACAGCACCAUCAUCAAAUACCAGAAGGAGCUGACGGAGAUGCAGGCGCUGAUAGCCGAAGAGAACCAGGUGCGUCUGGAGCUUCAGAUGGCGUUGGACAGCAAAGACAGCGACAUCGAGCAGCUCCGUUGCCAGAUCACCUCCCUCAGCGUUCACUCUCUGGACUCCACCAGCAUCAGCAGCGGCAACGACUUGGACAUGGGUGACGGAUACCCAGUGCGCAUUACUCACUCUCACACCUCAGAAUCAAUGUCCUUCACCUACCAGCGCACACACAAAUCUGUCUGCAUCGACACUCGGCCCAACCUUCGGUCCGCUCGCCCUCUCUUUGACUCUGACUCUGAGGAGGAGGAAGAAGAAUGUGACGGGCCUGUGGAGCAGGGCCAACGUCCCCUGGCCCUGACCUAUGAGCCGCCUGCUGAGCCUGCUGAGCCUGAAUCUGGAGACUCCAGGCUGGAGGGCUUGAUUUCACUUCCCACCAAGAACACGAAGCGGUUUGGCUGGGACAAAAAAUAUGUGGUGGUGAGCAGUAAGAAGAUUCUGUUCUAUAACAGCGAGCAGGACCGAGAGCAAGCCAACCCAUUCAUGACCCUGGACAUCGAUAAGCUGUUUCAUGUCCGACCCGUCACUCACACCGAUGUGUACCGUGCUGAUGCCAAAGAAAUUCCAAGGAUAUUCCAGAUCCUUUAUGCCAAUGAAGGCGAGAGCAAACGUGAUCAAGAAGUUGCAGUGGAGACUCCGGCGUACAGCGACCGUCCCUCCUACGUCAGCCACAAGGGCCACGAAUUCAUCCUCACUCUGUACCACUUCCCCUCCAGCUGUGAGGCCUGCACUCGGCCCCUGUGGCACGUCUUCAAGCCGCCGCCGGCCCUCGAGUGCCGCCGCUGCCACACCAAGGUCCACAAAGACCACCUGGACAGAAAGGAGGAAGUCAUUGUACCCUGCAGGGUGAACUAUGACAUGUCCACCGCCAAAGAUCUGCUGCUGCUGACUAACUCUCAGGAGGAGCAGCAGCGUUGGGUUAGUCACCUUCUCAAGCGCAUCCCGAGGAAACAUCCCACAAUGAGUCCUCCAUCUGCAGCACAGAACAACUCUACGUCUCGCUCCUCUCCGAAAGUCUCCCCCCGACCUUCACCCAGAGGCUCACCUCACAUGUCCCACCGUGGAGCCAUCAAGAUCCAGCCCAGUAGGCAGCAGCAGUCGUCGGGGAAGCCGAGCUCUGGCCCAGUGCUCCGUAUCAUCCUCCACUGACCUCUGACCUCUUCACCCUUCUAACGUCUCUCAUGCUGGGAGGCUGUAAGUAGCAGAGCUCGGUGAGCCUCUUCGCCCGCUACAUCGCUGUGCUGCUGUUUGCCCAUUAACACUCUCAUCAUAACACAUUCAUGAGCUGCUCUCAGCUCCGUGCUGCCCCCUGGUGAACAUGGCAUGUACUGGCCCAACACAUUUGUGAAUCCCAGAAGGCUCUUUUUGUUUUGACCCCUCCUUAAACCUCACACUUGCUGUUUCAGACUGCUUGAGUUUGACCUGAAAGACUGGAGUUGGUCGUUGGAUGAUGUCGAUAAUGAUGAUGAUGAUGAUGAUAUGUUCUACUGAAGGAAGUGAAACCGGAGGGUCAGAUGGUAACUUGACCUCUGCAUGAGACGCGUGAUUUGCAGUUUGUAGCCAGAAGCAUGGAUUUGUGUGAUUUAUGGUCGAAUGCAAAUCAAAAACUAAGCAUUUGAACUUCAUCGUUGUUCUGAGAUAUUUUGGAAAAUGUGCGUUAAAAAAGCAGAAAAAGUAGACAGAUUGGGUAUAAUAUUGGUCUGCAUGUAGGAGUUAGACGCUGUUUAUGAGCUUAUUAGCUUUCUUGCUGAUGUAGAUGAGAGGAUUGCUACAACUUUUAUGUCUAUGCGGUAAAAAAAAUGCUACAACUAGAUAAGAUAAUUCUCACAGAUCAGCCAUAAAACCUCAACUUGUCCUUUUCUUAUUUCAGUUUUUGUGCGUUUGAGACAAACAGCAUAUUACGUGUUAAUUAGUCAGCUUUAGAAGUGCUGGCAGGCAGAUUUUCCGGCAUUCAGAAAGAGGCAGUCUUGCUGCCUCUCUUCACGCUGUCCUCUCUUCACGCUGAGCUUCAUAUAGAAUCUACCAAACAGCAAAUAAAUGUCAAGCUAUUGUUUUAAUAUUUGGCUUCCUGCGAACGUGCAGGCCGAGAUUAUUCCUGUAUCUGUCUGCAUUUUUUUCUGCGUUGUGUGGAUAGCGUGUAGCUUCCUCGUUUAAUAUGUGUGGAUUCUGUGUGGGCGUUGCCUUUUAAGUCCAGCCAUUCUGUUGGUCGCAUCCCAGGUUUUUCACAUCAUCUUGUUUAUUUCCCUCUCUCUUCACAGUUAACCCUGGCUAAUCAGAGACGUGUAUUUUCAUCCGUGUGGAUUAAUGAUGGUGGUCUGGACGCAGAGGAUGUGCGUGCUGUUUGUUCAGAGAAGUAGAGUGUCACCAAAAAAAAAAAGAGAAAGAAAAGAAACACUAAUCAUGGACAGAAACAUCCACAGAAACUGGCUGUCGUCAUGAGAACUGGGACUGUCUGUCAUUUUAACAAGAGGAGAAUCAGCACCGUCUUCAGAUUGCAGAGAAAAGAUACGACCUUAUCUCGACAUUUGAUGGUUGAAACUGCCUUAUUUUAUCAUCACCAGCGUGACAAAAACACGGACAUUUCUUUUUCUGUCAGAUUUGUGUUGGUGAAAUGUUAAGCAUGUGUGUGAACAUUUGUAUAUAGGAUGAAGAGAUCUGUCUGUGUACUAUUACAAAGAAAGUGUAGCUGAUAGUGUACGAUUGUUUUAUUUUUAUGGAUAUAACUCAGCAGCACAUUAUACAACAUAUGCUUUCCUUGUACGUGUAUGAAAUACAGCUGUUUUUCUCCUGAA